AUAAUUUUUGUCUCUUGGGAUUAAAUAAUAAUGAGUUAAUUAUAGAAUUCUGUCAAAAUAAGAUUAAUGAAAUAGAGUUAAUUAUUCCAGGCGGAAUAACAAUAAACUACCUUCAUGUAAUUGAAGCUGACAAAUGUGAUCAGCAAAAUCAAGAUAUUAAACACAAGAUUAUUAAAGAUGUUCAAAAUUUUAUAGAAGAUUUAGAUGAAGAUCUGAGCUCAAUUUUAACAUUUAUAAUAUUAGUAAAGUCUAACAAAACUGAUAUUGAUGAUGUUACCAAUACCUAUAAAUCAUUAAUUAAUGAAAAAUGGUAUAUUCUCAACAUUAAAACAAAUGAGCUACUUUCAAUUCAUUUUGAUAUAUUUAUACCUGAUGCUAUUGACGAUGGAUUAAAUUAUGAUUAUAAAACUAUUUUUCAAAAUUUAGUCAUGACUCAUACUCAAAUAAAUAUAAAUAUAUCCAUAAUAUGGAAUGAAGAUGCUCUAUUUCAGUGGUAUUUAAAAGAUGCUAUCAAUAAUUGGGUAGAGAAAUUGACAAAUAGGACAUUGUAUUUUUCAUUGUUCAAAACAGAUAAUUUAAAAAAUGAUGAUAAAAUUUAUUUUUCUGAUACCCAUCAUAAUAUUAAUGCUAAUUAUAAAUACCUACAAGAUAUCAUAAACUCUAGGCAACUUUCCCAUUAUAAAAAUUUUAAUUAUAUUCCAAUUGAGGUACUGAUGUUGAAUAGUGGUAAAAAGUCAAUAAAUGCUGUCUCACAUGCUGUUCCAGUGAUUAAAAUUGAGAAAGUGGAAGGAUUGAAUACUCAUUUGCCAAAGUCCGAAAAAGCGUACGUUAACCCUAAUGACUACAAUUUUUUGGGGGAAAUGGAAGAGGAUAAAAAUCUAAAUAGGUUAAUCGUUAUUCAAAUACAACUUACCACACUUUAUAUUGGGAAAGUUGAUGAAAGCUUGACCACAUUAGCUGCGGAGAUCAGGUCAAGAUUAGUUGGUCAAUUGCAAACCAUGCGAGAUUCGUGUAUGGAAAACAACACAAAUAUUUUGUUCAUCAAAGAUGCUAUAAAGCGGAAAUUGAAUAAAAAUCUAGGUACAUAUCCAAAUAAUGGUGAUGAAGUAAUGAAAUUGACCCUUUUCAAUCCUCUCAUAUUUUGGCCCAAUACUGGCGUUUUAAACAUACCCAUUACCCUGGUAUACGAAACAUUUUGGGAUAGUGCUAAAAAAAAGAAUGUUCGUAAAGAAUGUAUGAAAACUUUCCUUAUUCCACUUUGUAGACCCUUAUUUGUUGAGCGUAAUGCUAUAAAGAAUUUUAGCUCGGAAGAAGUGAUUUAUUUCCUCGAAAAUCAUAUUAUCAAUCCACAUUCCUACAUGAAAACGAUAGAAUCGAAAAAUAAAUCUAAAGAAAAAAUUAAAGCUAUAAAAGAACUCUCAAACACAGCGGUAGCUCAAAAGAAAUUUGUUAGAGGGAAUUACGCCUAUUAUCAUUACGGACAAAAUAAAGUGAACGAUAAUGGUUGGGGCUGCGCGUAUAGGUCAUUGCAAACUAUUUCUUCUUGGCUCAUAUUACAAGGCUAUACCGAAGCCAUCGAAUUUAACGCAAAGUUAGAUCCUAGCUUGAUAGACAGGCCGCCUACUCUUUUAGAAAUUCAAAAGGCUCUACAUGAAAUAGGCGAUAAAGAUAAAGCGUUUGUAGGGAGUUGUCAAUGGAUUGGAUCCAAUGAAGUAUCCUACGUAUUGCAACACUUUUACCAGAUCGAUUCAAGAAUUUUGCAUUUGCGUUCGGGGUUAGAGAUGAAGGACUAUUUAAAUACUUUUUUAUUCCAUUUUGAGACGCAAGGGACUCCUAUUAUGAUAGGUGGGGGUGCAUUAGCUCACACUAUAAUCGGCAUAAGUUACGAAUAUGAAAAGGACGAAAUCAAAUAUCUUAUAUUAGACCCACAUUAUAUUGGUCCGGAUGAUAUCGAUUCUAUAUUAAAAGAGGGUGGAUGUUAUUGGAAAGGAUCGAAAUUUUGGGAGACCAGCAAAUUUUAUAAUCUUUGUUUGCCUCAAAGACCGCUCAUUUAUUAAUUGGAUUAAUUUUUGUAUCUGUGCGCUUAUUUUUUUUAAAAUAUAUAAAUAGGGUAAAAAUGUAUUUAA